AUGCGGUCAUGGCGGCGCUGCCUGUCAACCUCCACCCCGAAACUCAACUCCGCACCCCCAGGUCCCCUUGCUCUGCGAUGCGCCCAGCUGUUUGAAGCCUCCCAGCCUUCCCUGAGCGACAAUACCUCCCUGGACCACCGCGAGGUGGUUGUUCGAGGGCUGGUGCGAUCGGUGCGUAAGCAGAAACACUGGGCGUUUGCGGAGAUCUCGGACGGGUCGACGAUUCAGCCUGUGCAGGCUAUUUUGUCGCCGGAGCAAGCUGCGGAUUUAACGACUGGAGGAGCUGUUGAGAUAUCCGGUGUUUGGACUCCGUCUCCCGGUAGAAAUCAGAGUCAUGAGUUAAAAGCUACUGAUGUGAAGCUUGUUGGAGAAGCAGAUCCUCAGACAUAUCCAAUCCAAAAGAAAUACCACAGUCAAGACUUCCUCCGAACAAUUCCCCAUCUACGAUUCAGAACUCCUUUCAACUCCCUCCUCUCCCGUUUCCGUUCAGAAUGUAUAUACCAAGCUACGAACGUCUUUCACUCGCGCCCAGGUUUAAACUUCAUCCAGGUCCAGCCGCCCCUAAUCACGUCAUCGGAUUGUGAAGGCGCUGGUGAAGUUUUCAGAGUGAGCCCGCGCGAAGCCGCUGCUGAAGGCGAAGAUGAAGAAUACUUCCGGGCACCCAAAUAUCUCACCGUCUCCUCACAACUCCACCUGGAAGCUUAUGCCGCGGACCUGGGCAAUGUAUGGACGCUCUCGCCUACGUUUCGCGCUGAGAAAAGUGAUACGCCGAGACAUUUAAGCGAGUUCUACAUGCUUGAGGCGGAGUUGAAUUUUGUGAACGAUUUGGAUGAAUUGACAAAAUUCGUGGAGUCGUUUAUUCGCGAGUUGACGGAAAAACUAUACAAUACUCCCGUGGCACGAGAGCUCUUCACUGCGAAGCGAUCAGGAGAAUCCGGUCGAACGGUUGUCAAUUCCGAGGUGACUGAGCGCUGGAAAGGCCUGAUGGGUGCUGCUACGUGGCCGAGAAUUACAUACACGGAAGCGAUUGAAUUGUUGCAGAACGCGUCUAUGAAAUCGGACAAAGUAGAAUUUAAGUCCUGUCCCUCGUGGCCUGCAGGAAUCCAGGUCGAACACGAAAAAUACCUAGUCUCUACUGUGGGCAACGGCGCACCGAUCUUUAUCACUGAUUAUCCGAAAGCCCUGAAGCCGUUUUAUAUGGCUCCUUCUGGCACGCAAUCCACGGAUCCGGAAAAAGAAACGGUAGCUUGCUUUGAUCUCAUCAUGCCGAAAGUCUGUGAGGUUGUUGGUGGUUCUCUGCGUGAGCAUAGAUUAGAGAAUCUGAUCCAGAAUAUGCGUGAGCACGAGAUGCUCAGGGCUCGACCUAAUGAGGGCUCAUCUGUUGCCUCUGAUGACAUGACGUAUCCCUUCUUACGACCAGACGAAGACUUGGGCUCGCUCCGAUGGUAUGCCGACCUGAGACGAUGGGGCAGUGCACCCCAUGGCGGGUUUGGACUUGGAUUCGAUAGGUUUUUGAGUUAUUUAGCGGGCGUGGGAAGUAUCCGGGACGUUGUCCCCUUCCCAAGAUACUUUGGAAAAGCCGAUUGUUGA